GGCUGACCAGGGUCGUCUCCUGGACUGCGUGGUGCGAUGGGGAAGCCUCACUGAAGGGAAGAUCAGAGGGCACCUGGGGGAGGUUCUGGAAGCCAUCCGAGUUGUGUACAUUGAAGAACAUCAUGACAGAGUCACUCUUUCCUCCCUCUGUAGGGCUGACCAGGGUCGUCUCCUGGACUGCGUGGUGCGAUGGGGAAGCCUCACUGAAGGGAAGAUCAGAGGGCACCUGGGGGAGGUUCUGGAAGCCAUCCGGUACCUUCACAACUGCAGGAUAGCACACCUGGACCUAAAGCCUGAAAAUAUCCUGGUGGAUCAGAGUUUAGCCAAGCCAACCAUUAAACUGGCUGACUUUGGAGAUGCUGUCCAACUCAACACGACCUACUACAUCCACCAGUUACUAGGGAACCCGGAAUUUGCGGCCCCCGAAAUCAUCCUUGGGAACCCUGUCUCCCUGACCUCGGACACAUGGAGUGUUGGAGUGCUCACAUAUGUCCUUCUUAGCGGCGUAUCCCCCUUCCUGGAUGACAGUGUGGAAGAGACCUGCCUGAACAUUUGCCGAUUAGACUUUAGUUUCCCAGAUGACUACUUUAAAGGAGUUAGCCAGAAGGCCAAGGAGUUCGUGUGUUUCCUCCUGCAGGAGGACCCUGCCAAGCGUCCCUCGGCUGCACUGGCCCUCCAGGAGCAGUGGCUGCAGGCCGGCAAUGGCAAAGGCACGGGCGUCCUCGAUACGUCCAGACUGACUUCCUUCAUUGAGCGGCGCAAACACCAGAAUGAUGUUCGACCUAUCCGUAGCAUUAAAAACUUCUUACAGAGCAGGCUUCUGCCUAAAGUUUGACCUGUCUCGAAGUUCUUUCUCAUUCUCUUUCACCUGCCAAUCAGCUGUUAAUUUGAAUUUUGAAGAGAAACAAAUCAACCGAACUGAUCAGCUGCCGGUAUGUUCAUCGUGUGAAAUUGCAUUCCAAGUGAGCUGUGCUCAGCAGUGCUUGGGACUCAGAGCUGCAAGCUGCGCUGGGGUGGAGGACCUUCGCUUACACUCUGCCGGAGGCAGAGAUCGCAUUGCUGUAACACAGUAUUUUAUUCAGGUUUCUGCAAAAAAUAAAAAGAUACUUUUUUACAUGAACAUGAAUAGAAUUUUGCAAAUUUAACAUUUUCAAGAUUUAUUCAAGGAUACAGAAUGCCUAUGUUCAACCACUGGUGUUAACGAACAAAACAAAGAUACUGUACAUCUCUGGGGAAGACUCACCCAGGUGGCGGCUGCUCCCACAGCCUCGGCUAGAGCUCGGUGUUCACCUGGCCCAGGGCUUUUCCAGCCAUCUUGUCUGUGCGCGUCUCACCGGACGCCAGAGGUGGCUUCUGAAACAUGCAUUGAACCUCAAACUUUUACAUAAAAUAGAAUGAAUUGUUUUGCUCUGAUGAAAUGUAGGCCUUACUUGUAUAUAAGACUGUUCCUGCCUUCAGUCUGUCAUCGCCCCACCUACCUUCCCUUCCCAUACCCACCCAUUGCCUGGGCCUUCUCGGGGAGUCCAAGGGUCUGCCAAUCAAAUGAGAACAUCAGGUUGGGUCCUGCCCCCACUGUCCCCUUCCCCCAGCCCCACCCCAAGCCGUCAGUCAGAUUGUUGAGCAGUAUACAGUCAGAUGAAAAUACUGUAAAUGCACUCACUGGGGGUUUUUUGGUUUUAUUUCAUAUCAUGUGCAAUGUUGUGGCUUUAACAUUUUAUGCAACUAUUUAUGAAGACCUCUGUUGUAUCUGUAAUAAAUAUAUAGAAAAAGCACAUACUUCGUACAGUGAGCUUUAUGGUUUUGUGUGUGUGCUGGGGAGGGGUGGGGCGGGGUGGGGUAGGGUAGCAGCCCUGUGCCAUCGGUUCCAGGAGACUUAACUCUUCGUGACAUUUGUUGGUUUUGAGGACUGUAAAAAGUGAUUUCAUACUCUGAAUAUAAAACUGGAUAAUAGGGUAAUGUUUUAAAUUUUAUUAUGCUAUUAUUCAGAAUGCCAAAGUAUUAUUUUUUUUUUCUCCAAAAUCAGUCUGGACAUUUACUACUUUUUAGACUUUUUGAAGUGCAACUUUCUGUACAAAAAUUGGCUGGAUUUUGAGCUUUUGGUAAGAAAUAAAAGCCAAUUAAGCACUAGCCGCCCUGAGGCUGGUACCCCAUGCCUGUGUCACUGUGGCAGAAUUCAUGCUGGUGCGAAGAGUCCUUUCCAUAAAAGAGGUUGGGUUUCUGGGCACUCUUGAAUUUUUCUGGAUGUCUUUUUAUCUUCGUUGUGUGAAAUACACUAAAAAAGAGACCAGCCUGCUUCUACGCCAGCCAGACACCUGGGUCUUGAGCCAUAAACUGGCAUAGUUAAGCUUUGCAGCUUCCAAUGUAUUUUAUUUAUUCUUUUGUUGGUUUUUUGUUUGUUUGUUCUUGUAAAAUUGUACAGAAACUUUUUAAAAGAAAUUGGAUUCAAAACUGGAUGUGUAUUCGUAACCUCAUGACUUUUAUUUGUGUAUUGUUUCUUUUAUUUCAGUUAAAUUUUUACAUUAUUUUGCAUGUAUAUUUCUUUGUACAGAGACCUUACAUGUUUACACAGUAUGAUGUGAUGUAAAUAUUUUAUUUUGCCAUCAGUUAUUUUAAAAAAUUAAACAUAUUUGCCUGA